UCACUGAAUUUUGCUAGCCUGAAUGCCUCUACUGAACAGGGAAACUCAAUUAGAAAUUUUAAUACAAAAGAAAUGUAUAUUGAUCUAUUCAUAAAAGCCCACCUACAAUGGCUGGUUUAUAAGCUGGGCAGGAGCACUGUAUUGGGACUAUGAAAUAAUGGAAAUAAGUCUUGUCAGUCUUGGUUGUAAUUUGCAAAUUUUAAAAAGGCCCAGAAAAAUAAAGAAGCAUCCUGUUUCCACAUAUACGCCCCUUCCUGCUUAGUUGGAAAGCCUUUAAGAUAUUGGAUCCCUCCCAGAAAUCUGCAAAAUAACCUCUAGUUACUGGAAGAAGAAUUACAGAAGAAAUUGGAACUGUUUCUUGGCCAGACAUUUUUAGUUAAUGCCAUGUUAAGAAGCUUGGCUCUAGGCAGACCAAAUCCAGUUUUGUUCCACUCUCUGAGGGCAGCAGUAGCAAAAUGCCAUUCCGAGGAAUUUGUCUUUUAGUGUGUCUUCUUUGUGUGACACAAAUAGCAGCUCAACAAAACACCAGACCCAAGAAAAAACCAGACCCAAGAAAAGAUGCUGUAAGCCUCAGAAUGAUUGAAGAACUUAAAGAGCAACUAGAGAACCUUUCCCAGGAGGUGGCCUUACUAAAGGAAAAGCAAGCACUUCAGACAGUUUGUCUGAAAGGUACCAAGAUCAACCUAAAAUGUGUCCUGGCUUUUUCCAAUGCCAAGACCUAUCAUGAGGCCAGUGAAGACUGCAUUUCUCAGGGUGGCACCCUCAGUACACCACAGACAGGUGACGAAAAUGAUGCUCUCUAUGACUAUGUGAGGAAGAUUCUGGGGAAUGAAGCGGAAAUUUGGCUUGGCAUCAAUGACUUGGCAGUGGAGGGAAAAUGGGUGGACAUGACAAGCAACAGCAUUAGCUAUAAGAAUUGGGAAACAGAGAUCACCACCCAACCUGAUGGAGGGAAGCAAGAAAACUGUGCAGCAUUGUCUGCAGUGGCUGUGGGAAAGUGGUUUGAUAAGAGGUGUAGAGAUCAGUUGCUCUAUGUGUGCCAGUUCAUGAUUGUUUAAUAGAAAGAUUCGUCUCUGGGAAGAUUUAAUCAGUAUAGUCCAUUGAUCUCUGGAGUUUUGUGUGUGCAUCUGUGUGUUUGCUUAAACAUAGACAUAUGGAUAUUUACGAUGAGACAUACAUGUGUACACACAUUUAACAGAAAAAGUAAUGGCAAUGGAUUAGAAUGAAUUAGAUCUAUGUUGCACUUUAAUUGGCUAUAAGCUACAUCCUAUUUGUUAGAAGCAACAUUAUUCUUGCUUAGGUACAAAUCAUAAAUAUCUAUAUUUUUACAUUCAGAAUUUAUUACAAAGACUUCACUUUGGGGAACAUUCAAACUUUGUGCCAAAAUCUCAAUUUAUUGUUACAUGUAAUUUUCCUGCAGUCGUUUUUCUUCUGCUAAUCGCACCAAAUUAAAGUGGCUUUUGUUAAACUGUCCCUAUCUGUUGGACUAAAUAGUUAAAUAGUUCAUCUGAAGAUUUCAGCACAGAACUCAAAAGUAAGCAGAGCUGCAUUAGUUUAUUCUAUGUGAAAAAUAAGAAAAGAAACAACAAAGGAACUAACAAAAAUAUUUUACCUGUUUUGCUAAAAUAUAUAUUUCUAAGUUGCUUACCUGUAUCUCUUCUACAACUUCCUUCUGGGCAUAUCUAGAUUAAAAUCAUUAGGUACAAAUGAAGAAAAAGUAAAACAGGAGAAGAACUGACCUACUGCUGUAAAAAAAUUGUACCAAUGCUUGGAAAAGAAAAGAAAAGAUUUCAGAAGGUUGCUAUAGCACCAGUCUUCACCCAAGUAACAUGGUCAUUGAGGGGGGGAAAGGGCUCCCAUAGAAACAUUAGGGAAUUAAUCGUCAGCUUGAUUCUGACUUGGCUCUUGAUAAUUGUAUUUCCUUAUUUAUAUGUAGAAUUUAUUUCCAUUCACAAAGGAGAACAUUUUUUCAUCUGUUGAAAAGUAUUUGACUAAGUUUCCCCAUUUAUUUGAAUA